CCCUCCGGUGACUCUGAAUGACUGGCCGGUCUGCUUCACACUCUCAUCCACACAUCCUAGGCUCCGGUGCUUUGUUUCUUCCGCCUGUUCUUCUUCUUUAUUUCCCCGCGUGUGUUAUAAAGUCCGGCUUUGAGUGCGCGUGUGUGGAAAACGAUGCUGAUGAAGUUGGAAAGUAAUGAGCGAGGAUGCUGAAGCUGCCGGCAAGCCCGCUUUGUUCGGAGGAGCGCCAGGCUUUUGUGCCGCUGUCAUCCCGCAGCUCAUCCCCUGCUGCUUUGUCUUCACUUGGCCUUCAGAUACCGACCGUGAUCAGCAGUGUGGUUUGUCGGUGUUGGACUGCGACCACCACCCCCAGCAGCAGGUCAGCACCAUGAGUUUGUACGGGACCGGAGCCGGAGCUGGAGCUGGAGCCGGGGCUGGGGCCAGCGCCAGCGGGGCCGUUGGUGGAGCAAGAGGAGGAGGAGGAGAUCAUUAUAGGGAGCAACGGCGGCGUUCGAGUGACCGCUCACGGGACUCCUCCCAUGAGCGAGGAGAGAAUCAGCUGACACCGUGUAUCAGGAAUGUCACCUCCCCCACCCGGCAGCACGACCGUGAACGUGGCGAUGGCGGCUCGUCCUCCAGGUCCUCCAGUCCUCGUCCUCCCAGGGUUCCUCUGUCCUACUCCCACAUCGGAGGAGCUCUGAUCGGGGGCCACGUGCCUCGAGCCCUCGGCCCCCCUGGAGGAGACCACCUCGCCAAGGCUCUGGGUCAGGGGGCGUGCGACAUGAUCUACGUGUACGACCUGGGCAGUAAAGACGGGCAUCGCAGUGGGCUACGAGUGGGAGAAAGAGUGACGCUAAUUGUGGACAAUACAAGAUUUGUGGUGGAUCCGGCUAUAUUUACAGCUCAACCGAACACCAUGCUGGGCCGGAUGUUUGGUUCUGGGCGGGACAAUAACUUCACCCGACCCAAUGAAAAGGGAGAGUUUGAAGUUGCCGACGGCAUCAGCUCCACUGUGUUCAGAGCCAUUCUGGAUUACUACAAGUCGGGGAUAAUCCGCUGCCCUGACGGCGUUUCCAUUCCUGAGCUGAGGGAGGCAUGUGACUACCUCUGCAUCUCCUUCAACUACAGCACCAUCAAGUGCAGAGACCUCAGCGCCCUGAUGCACGAGCUGUCCAACGACGGUGCACGACGUCAGUUCGAGUGUUACCUGGAGGAGAUGGUGCUGCCGCUGAUGGUGGCCAGCGCUCAGAGCGGCGAGAGGGAGUGUCACGUGGUGGUGUUGACCGACGAUGACGUGGUGGACUGGGACGAAGAGUACCCCCCACAGAUGGGAGAGGAGUACUCCCAGAUCAUCUACAGCACCAAACUGUACCGAUUCUUCAAGUACAUCGAAAACAGAGAUGUGGCCAAAUCAGUGCUGAAGGAUCGAGGACUGAAGAAGAUCCGACUGGGGAUCGAAGGUUACCCCACCUACAAGGAGAAGGUGAAGCGGCGUCCUGGCGGGCGUCCUGAGGUCAUCUACAACUACGUCCAGCGGCCCUUCAUCAGAAUGUCCUGGGAGAAGGAGGAGGGAAAGAGCCGCCACGUCGACUUCCAGUGCGUCAAGUCCAAGUCCACCACCAACCUGGCAGCGGCCGCCGCGGACAUUCCCCAGGACCAGCUGGUGGUCAUGCACCCGCCGGGGCCGCAGGUGGACGAGCUGGACACCCUGCCCCAACCGGGCUUCAACGACCCCCACCACCCCACGCCGCCGGGGCCCGAGCACACGGGCCCGGCCCAGGUAGCGCAGGUCUACGAGGGACCGGUUCAGCAGGGACACGACGCCGCAGUUCUGCAGCAGGUUCAGGACCAGAACCAGGCGGCGGUGGCGCACAGUCUGGCCCACAAUAACAACAACACCAACCAGCAGCAGCAGCACAGCAGCCACACUCAGGCCACAUACCACUACGAGCCAGACCCAGACCCACCGUCCCCCUCCGCAUGAGACCCACCCCCUGCUUUCACUCUGUCAGCAACAAAGGCCUCCACAGAAACCCAGUCCACCGACGCCAACCUGCUGCUAGAUCUGGACAGGCGUUCAUGUGGAGUUAAACCCAGAUCUACAGAGUCUUAGUGCUGGAUCAGACAUGGAUCAAACUGAAAACCUCCCAAAACCCCAUACAGAAUCACAAUCACAGCAACAUCUGGAGUUACUGGGAACGAUAGUGGAUAUGUAAAGAAACGUUCAGCCCUGACAUGAGAUUAAUGGGAUCAUGUCAUCUUAUUUGAACCGCAUUCACAUAAACGGAAGAAAUGAGUCAAACCAGUACCAGUUAUCUGGGUUGGAAACCACAGCCAGCGUUCAUGUGCUUCUAUGUAACGUCACCACUGGUUCCUACAGUCCAGUGAUGGGACGAUGAGGUUCUGUGGUCCAACUCAGAACCAGCAGAAGUUUAUUUACAAUAAUAGAAAAAAAUAUAUUUGUGUUGUUUCUGUGACACAGAUCCUAAAUGAAAGGGAGUUAAUUUUGAAUAUAUAACAAAUACAACAUGUGGUUCCACACACAACAAACCCCGCCUCUCGUACGUAUUGUAGCUUAUUUUGGCAUCGAUCCAGCUGAUGUCAUCAUGUCUAUGCGUGUGCUGAUG